AUGGUCCUCAGACCAAAGCACAAGGUAGAGUGUGUAAGAGUGUCCAGCACAGCCCUGGCCUUUGGACUCUGCGGUUGGACUAAAACUGGUAUUGCAUUGUUGUAUGAUGAAGUAUCUGAAAAUGCCUAUGACAUCCGACUGAAGCUUACAAAAGAGGUAUUAACAAUUCAAAAACAAGAUGUCGUCUGUGUUAGUGGAAGUGAUCACAGUGCAAAUGUUAAUGGUAUUAAUGUAGAAAGUGCUACCCAUGAAGAAGUGAACACCUGCUGGUUCAGUCUUAGAGUAUGUGAGGAAGUGUGCUGCAUAGACACAAGUUUAGAUAACCCACACUUUAUUAAAUGGAAGAUUAUGUGUAAUCUCAUGCCAGUUUGGCUGACAGGUGUUCCAGAGUCACCAUGGGUGAAUACAUUUGGAGAGGAAGCUACAAGAUCUGGGAGUAGUGGGAAAGGAGGUUCCCCUGGACCAUCUAGUGAUCACAGCAGUGGAGCUUCAUCACCUCUCUUUGACAGUGGUUUACAUUUAAAUGGAAACUCGACUAACACGGCUCCAUCAUCACCUUCUUCACCCAUAGUUAAUGAACCAAAAUACAAGAAGCGCUGGCUAGACACCUUAUCAGUUCCUCUGUCGAUGGCUCACAUCUCGAGGUACAAAGCUGGAACAGAUAAAUUAAGAUCUAAUGCAUUUGAAGUGCUGGCACUCGAUGGAGUUAGUACUGGGAUACUUCAGUUAUAUACAGCCCAGGAGAGUGCUGACUGUCUGAGAGCAAUAUCAACUAACAUCAGUGGUUUGACACUUCAAAAUAUGAAAAUGACAAAUAAAUGCUGUUCUCCCUCAGACCAGGUCAUACAUAUGGGAUGGGUAAAUGAGAAACUUGAAGGAACUGAUUCAUCUCAGCUCUACAAAUUCAAGUUUCUGGCACUGAAGGGUUCAUCCUUCUACAUUUUCAGCACUCCACCGGUAAGCACACUAGACUGGGUACGAGCUGAAAAAAUCUAUAACCUCUGUGAGGUUCUGUUUAAAAUUCACAAGCUCUGGCUUGCUGAUGAUUGCUGGCUACAAGCAAACUUGUAUUUAGGUAUUCAUCAAGACUAUGAUCUUGAAGACCAGAGGCCAUAUUGUUUCAGUGUUAUGGUUGGACAUGGCAAGAGUCAUUAUUUCAAUGUAGAGCUUGGCAUUGAGUUGGCAGUGUGGGAGAAAUCUUUUCAAAGAGCAAUUUUCUUGGAAGUUCAAAGAACAGGGGUAAGUAAUGAAUAAUUUGAAUCCUGGAGCCAUUUCAUCAGUAAAAUAUUCUGUAACAAAUUUUAGCAAAGUUACUGCAUAUGUUUAAUAAUUGUUUCAGAUUAAUAUGCACUGUGAGUAAAGAUCUGAGUAUACUUUAAUACACCAAAGGCUUCUGAAAGCUUCAUCAUCACAUAAAUAUUUAUCUGUCUAUGACUGUGUGAUAACACUGUAUGAGUAUAUUAUGACAGUUUGAAAAUUAGAAGUAGUAAUGUAUAAAUUUACUUUGAUUACAAUAAACUGGAAAUUGAUACAUUCUGC